AUGCGCAUUCCGCUCCUGCUCAUCGCGAUCGGCAAGCGCGAGCUGAGGAACGGGGCCUUUUCCGUGCCGUCCACCCUGUACCCGAACGCUAUCGGCAUGAUGCGCGGGCUCAAGCUUCGUGCACACCUCCAAUCCAGAAAUGGUCGACCGUCCCACCACCUUCGCGGAGCUAUCCACUUGGCGAGAGAGGAGCUGGGUCCAGACAGUGCCGCUCGCCUGCUGGCAGAAAACAAGAAGUACGGAGUCGCCAAACACAAGAUCCCCAUCGUCGAGGAGUUCCCGAGGCCGCUCAAACUGGCGGACUUCCUGCCGCCGCCGCCUCCGCGAGAGGACCUGCAACAGAUCAUCAACGCCAUGGUGGUCACCCUCACGCACGUCGUCAACCACUUCCUGCACAUGCACGCUGCUCCACAGAUUUGCCCUCCCAUCAUGCCACUGGGUGUGGUCUCGGGGGAGCAUGUGACCAAAGUUCAAGAACUUCUCAGCCAGCUUUCUACGCAAAGUGCGGGUUCGGUGGCGCACGAAUUCAACACGUCCGCUUGCGACCCCAACUUCGAGCCGAUCGUCACCGCCCCCGAGUCCAAUGACACGUUCAUGCACGCACUCGACUUCGAGACGGAGCUCUGCAUCUUCGAGGAGCUCCACGCGACUGGUGGUACGGCCACGCCGGCUGAUGAAGCUCAACUGGCCAACCUCCAAUCUGGUGAUCUUGCUGCGGAUCGCGACCGCGAUGGCGACGGACCUGGCUGUUCCAACGUCCACGCCUUCGCCAGCCUCUCUGACUCCACCGUCGUGCGCUGCCUCGCCUUCGUGUGGAUCUUCGUCUUCUACGCCACCUACAGGUUCGAGGACAUCGACACCCUUCACAGGAUCUACGACUCCGCCGACGCGCAUUUCUGCGUCGCCGUGUGGUCCCACUUGCAAGGGUUCUUCGGCCUCUCCGUCGCCUUCUGGGGCACCGACAUCUCCUGGCUGUUCUGCGUCACCGCUGUCGUCGGCUCCCGCGGCUUCGGCAUCUCCUGGGUGUUCUGCGGCAUCGCUGUGCCUGCUCCUUCGUCGGCGCGUGGUUCUCCAGCCUGGGGCAAGCACGGCAAAGUGAAGGGUAAAGACAAUGACAAUGUCACGGGCCAGGUCAAGUCGGGGGGCAAGGACGCCAACGUGAAGGACAAAAACAAAGACAAAGGCUUGGACCAGGACAAGAACAAGGAUCAGGACAACGCCAGGCUCAAGAUCCCAAGAGAUACCGCCUAUGGCUCCAGGAAAGUCUUCCGCGCCGACAUCCCGCCCUGCGCGUGCCCUGGCGCGCGCAUCGACUUAUCGAGCGCCCCCAGCUACGAGGACGCCGCUUUCGUUGCCGACUUUCCAGAAGACGCGGUCGGCGCCCAAACCAAGGGCGAUAAAGACAAAGACAAGGACUCGGUCAAAGACAAGAACAAGGACACGAACAAAGACCACAACACAGGCACCAUCGAGGGCCUGGGCGAUGUCGUCACCUCUCGGGCUUGGUCUCUCGGCGAUCACGUUCGCCUGCACGACCUCCGAACCGCCACGCUGAAUGGCGAGAGUGGAGUCAUAUCGAAGUUGCAUGCUGGACUCCUGAAGUGGAUCACGGACCACGUGUACCGCUUCCCCCACCCGCUGGCGUCCGCGCGAGCAGGCCUGCCGGGCACGGUGGGGAGCGCCGCGUUCUUGCUGCUGCUGGAGCCUGGCGAGCUGAGCCCAGCCCGGAUCGGUGAGAUUUUUGUCGGGGCCUUCCAGGGCGCCCUCGUGUCCACGGCGGCCCGGGCGGGCGCGGGCCCAGAGCUGCGACGCGCGGUGCUGCCGUUCGGGGACGCCCGGCUGCAGAGGUUCCUGCUGGGCGAGACGGACCGCCUUCCCGCCGACGGCUGCGCGGUGCCCUGCGGCGUGCUGGAUGCAGGCGUGGCCGAGUCGGCGCGGCUGCGGUGGUUGUGGCCAGAUCCAGGCGAGAAGCCGAGGAGGCGGCGCAUGUACCCGGGGCAGGGGAAGAUGCUGGUCCCGGAGGCGGCGGAGGUGCUGCUGGAGGGCCCGUGGCUGCCGAGCCCGAUGCCGCCCCCUCUCGUCGACGUGCUGCUGGCGCUGCCGCGGCCGCAGCAGCUGGAGCGCAUCCUGCCGCAGGUCGCGCAGGUCGGCGUCGGCACGGUGUUGCUGUGCGGCGCAGCCAAGGUGGAGGACCGCUACUUCGAGAGCAGCGCCCUGGCGCCGGAGGCCCUGCGCCGCGGGCUGGCGGCGGGGCUCGCGGAGGCGGGUCGGGGGCGGCCCCUGGCCGUGGCGGAGCUCGAGCCGCUCCUGCGGAAGGGCGGGCUGCUGGACGAGCUCUCGCCGCGCGGCCGCGCCGCGCGGCUGGUGGCCCACCCGCGCGGCGCCGUGGAGACGCACCAGCUGCCGCGCGCGGGCGGCCGCGGCGGGGCGGAGCCCCUGCGGGUGCUGGUGGCGUUGGGGCCAGAGGCUGGCUGGGACGAGCCGGCCGAGCUGGACCUAUUUCGAGGCCGCGGGCUUCCAGGCCGUCAGCGCCGGGCCCCGCGUGCUGCGCUCGGACGUGGCCGCGAUGGCGCUGCUGGCGCUGGCGGGCGAGUUCGCGGGCGAGCUCGCGGGCGAGCUCGCGGGGGCUGA